GGUGCAAAACCUUAUAACGAAACGGCAUGUACGGAUUUUAAUAUGUUCCAAAAGCGCGGGAAAAUUUGAUAGCUCAAUAAUAAUGUCUAAACGUAAAGGUCUAAGUGUUGAAGAGAAGAGGCGUAGAAUGAUGGAGUUCUUCUUUGAGAAGAAAGAUUUCUUCCAGCUGAAGGAGUUGGAACGACAGUGUCAGAAAGAGAAAGGGAUUACGUCCAUGUCAGUAAAGGAGAUUCUCACUAGUCUUGUUGAUGACGGUAUGGUAGACACAGACAAGAUUGGUACUUCUGUAUACUUUUGGGCAUUCCCCAGCAAAGCUAGUCAAAACCGAAAAAGGAAAAUAGAUGACUUGGAAGCUAGACUGGCAGAUGCUGAAAGUAAAAAACUUAACUUAAUGGAUGCAGUAGAAAAGGCUAAAGUGGGUAAAGAAGAGUCUGAUGAUAGAGAUGAGAUUUUGUCAAGACUGAGUGAGAUGCAAGGGGAGAAAACUCGGAUGGAAGCAGAACUUGAGAGAUACCGUGAGUGUGACCCUGACGUCAUUGAAGAGCUCAAACAAGAGACAAAAAUAGCCAAAGAGGCUGGUAAUCGAUGGACAGACAAUAUAUUCUCAACAAAGUCAUGGAUAAAGAAAAAGUUUUGUUUUGAAGAGUCCGUAAUAAACAAACAGUUUGAAAUACCAGAAGAUUUAGAUUACCUGGAAUGACAUUUUAUAUUUCUUACAUUGUUUAUUUUAUUUGUUCAUGUUAUGUUCAUGUAAAAAAAUGUUCAUGAAAUCACUUUAUUUUACAAUAAAUUUGUUACAUUUCUUAAAACUUUACAAAGAUUGUAAUUUGAUUUUUGUUAUAAUCUUGAAAAACCUUUACUUAG